AUGACGUUAUACGUUGCGCUGCUCAGGGUUGACGCCCUUUAUACCUUGUUCCUUACUGGAAUAGCUCAGAAGAUGUCAGGCAAGAAGAGAAGAAAUAUUGAGACCACGGCGGAGGAUCUCUCCGGAGUUGAAUUUGAGAGCUCUGAGGAGGUGGAAGUGAUUCCAACAUUCGAUGGCAUGGGAUUGAGGGAGCCGCUCCUUCGUGGAAUCUAUUCGUAUGGUUUCGAAAAGCCAUCCGCAAUCCAGCAACGAGCGAUCAAGCCAAUUAUGAAAGGCCGCGAUGUCAUAGCACAAGCACAGUCCGGUACCGGAAAGACUGCCACGUUUUCGAUUUCGGUGCUUCAGUCGAUCGACACGGAUCUGAGGGAGUGUCAGGCUUUGAUUCUUUCUCCAACUCGUGAGUUGGCUGUGCAGAUUCAGAAGGUUGUCCUUGCUCUUGGAGACUACAUGAACGUGCAGUGCCAUGCUUGUAUUGGAGGAACAAACAUUGGCGAAGAUAUUCGUAAACUUGACUAUGGACAGCAUGUGGUCUCUGGAACCCCUGGUCGUGUCUUUGACAUGAUCCGUCGUCGCAAUCUCCGCACGCGCUCUAUCAAGCUGCUAGUUCUCGACGAGGCCGACGAGAUGCUGAAUAAAGGAUUCAAGGAGCAACUUUAUGAUAUCUACAGAUAUCUGCCACCUGGCGCACAGGUCGUAUUGCUAUCUGCUACGCUACCUCAUGAGAUCCUGGAAAUGACCAGUAAAUUUAUGACUGAUCCUAUCAGGAUUCUUGUCAAACGUGAUGAGUUGACAUUGGAAGGUAUCAAGCAGUUCUUUGUGGCUGUUGAUUGCGAAGAAUGGAAGUUCGACACGCUUGUGGAUCUUUACGACACGCUUACCAUCACUCAAGCAGUGUUGUUCUGCAAUACUCGCAGAAAGGUGGAUUGGUUAGCUGAGAAAAUGAAGGAAGCGAACUUCACGGUGUCGUCUAUGCAUGGUGAUAUGGAGCAGAAGGAGCGUGAGCAGAUUAUGAAGGAAUUCCGAGCAGGAAACAGCCGGGUGUUGAUUUCGACUGAUGUGUGGGCCCGAGGUCUCGAUGUUCCUUCAAGUUUCUCUCGUAAUCAACUAUGA